AUGGAUCCGCAGCAGCAGUACAUCGCACAAGUCAAGGAAGAAUACGAUGAGCUUGGCAUCUGGGUGCCGGUGAAUGAAGAACAAGAACCUGCUGAGGGCGUGGCCGCUGCUGUCCCUAAAGUCGAGCCAACCGAUCAAACCACCACUACACACAACAAAACAAAGAAGUCCAAGAAAGCCAAGAAAGUCAGACGAAUCGAACCUCUUACAAAAAGAGAACGCCAUGUCCAACGUCUCGAGACGUUGAAUUCCCAGCUCCGCAAAGACCUCAGAGAAGCUCGCGACGGAACAACAGUGCAGCGGAUGAAAGACCUCGAGAGUCAAGUCCUCUUGCUGCAAGAAGCCGCUGGACCAAACAAAGCUAGUAUCCUCAAGGACCUGAAGCUAGAAAAUGUGCAGUUGCAGAAAAAGGUCGAGAACUUGCAGCGAAAGGUCAAGAAUGCAGAGCGAGACGUUCGAGCUCACAACAACAGCAUUGAGGAUAGAGAGGAAAAGGUUGUGCUCAAAGGACGAGGCCACAAACUUGCGCAGGCAAAAGCCCAAAGCGAUCUGGCAGUCCGUAAUCUAAAGAAGCAACUGAAACAGGAGCAGAAGACCAGAAAGAGAGUGGAGGAUCGCUGGCGUAAGGCUGAGGAGCGCUUGGCACACCUUACGGGUCUCGAGGGGAAUGAGGCUGAGAUGACUGAAGAAUUGCUUAACGACGAAGAGUCUAUGGAUCAAAAUAUCAUCAAGGACGAAGAGUUGAUGGAGGAUAAGUGA